AUGACUGAGACACACAUAAGAACGGCGUCUGUGACACAAGGAGAGCGUAUGUUGAGAGAACAGGCGCGAGCUGCAAAUAAGUGCAACAACACACAGACGAACGCGCAAGUGAAGGAUAACUCCACGGACGCCAACAAACGUCACAAGACAGACAAUGGCUCACAAAACCAGAACAAGUAUGGGGGGCAGACACAGAAAAAGAAAGGAGCUCGUGAAGAACGUGCAUGCCCACAUCGGUACAGCGAAUGUCCCGAUAAGAAAGCAGUUCAAGCCAAGAAGGCUGUGCAGCGAGCCAAGAAAGAUGUACAGAUAGCAAGACUGUCCAUUACAACUGGCAAGGUGGAAGACAUCACAGAGGGUGAUGAGCACUGA